AUGAACUACAUGCACCAUUCAUACCCGUAUGGCGGCCACCCGAUUGAGCUGCCGGUGGGCUGCGGUCCUCCAUUAGCCCAUCCUGCCAUGGCCGGCUCAAUGGAUGGCUACCUUCUCGCUCGCAACCCCUACGAUAUGAUGGAUUACGCCCACAUGCCCAUCAUGGACGACUACGAAGAGUACACCGAGAAUCUGUCUCGACCACGCCUGACAAAAGACCAAGUCGACACUCUCGAGGCUCAGUUCCAGGCUCACCCGAAGCCUAACAGUAACACCAAGCGCCAAUUGGCUGUGCAGACAAACCUCAGUCUGCCGCGAGUAGCAAACUGGUUCCAGAACAGGCGCGCCAAAGCAAAGCAGCAAAAACGCCAGGAGGAAUUCGAGCGCAUUCAACGAGAGGCGAGCAAGAAAGACGACCAAGGUCGACUCAAGGAGGAAAACACUUCCGACGAGGAACCCCGAGAACGGAGAACUCCGCUCCAGGAGAGAGACCAAGCGUCUACCCCCAAACAGGCGUCGACCAAAAACGAUCGACACCAGUCAUCAGCCCGCUCUGCUACCCGACAGAAACAUAGCAAGACGGGAAGCGACGUGACCCGCGAGAAGACGUUUGCCUCCUUGCAAAGGGCUCUCAGUGCUGCUGUUGCCGCCCGAGAGCAUUUUCCAGGAGACUCGGAUGGAAGCACCCCUACUGGCCCAACCGAGCUCGCGCUGGAUUCUGCAACCAGCAGUGUUUCCCAGAACUCCCUCAAUGCAGGCCCUACAGAAUGGGACAGCCGAGAUUCGUCUCUCGCCUGGACCCCGUCUCAGAGCCCCGAGGAAAACUUUGGGUUUGGCAACAUCAAUGCCGUUCCAUACUCUUCCUCGGAGGACCAACUUGCAGUACCGCACCUGGAAAAUCCCCAGCCCUCCGAUAUGACCAGUUUCAGUAACAUGAGCUCGCACGCCCAAUCGUGGGCUGCUCAGAUGCAGGGAAGGCUGGACAGUCUUUCAGAACUAACCAACGCCUCGGCGGACUCGAUGUAUGGAUCCAUAUCAUACGGCUCGUUGCAACCGCCUUCAGAACAUGGAACUAGGCGCGUGUCUUCCUCCGAAGAACUCGCCGAAUCUAUCGGCAGUAUUGGAAUUAAUACGCCGAUUUCAAAUAGAAUGGACGGUCCUAACUGGCGGCGUCCCGAGAAAGAACUAGACCUUGCUGCCCGUCGAAAACGGCCUCGACCAGCUGCCAUUGGGACCACCCCUCGAGUUGGCAUCGCCCCUUCGCCCAUGUCGUCCACCACCACCCGAGUUCCAAGCUAUGGAGGAACCUCGACACAUUCUCUUCGACAUGCCAAGUCUUCUCACGCGCUGGGUUCGCGGUAUGCUGGCGUGCGAAAGGCGUCUAUUCCCCAGCGCUCACCGCUUGGCUUUGCGAGCUUUGCCGAUGCUACUGCUGGGUCCGAGCCCACGCACAGGCUUCAUAGUUCUGCCUCUGUAGGCAACUUGGCGCCUCCAACACCGCUUACCCCGGAAGACAUGCAGCACAUGCUUCCCGCAACGCCCCGCGACGGGGCAUUCGACCUGGGAUCUCAGCGGCUCCCCGAUGGGCACAUGUUCCCAACCACCCAGUCUCAGUCAAUGCAGAUUAACGUCAACUCGCCGCCCGAGACUCCGUUGAACCUGGACAUGUUCUCGGCCGUUCAAUACCAAGGCCUCGCGCCACCCAUCUCAGCCCCAGCUCAAUAUGCCACCUUUGCCGAAUACUCACCAAUCUCGAAUGGGCCGCUCAGUGGCGUGAGCUGGGCGGUUUCAACGCCAGACACGUCUGUGUUCCCGGUUAAUCUCCACGCUUCGCAGGCGCCACCGUACGUCUAUGAGAAUGACGGCGACGAGAGCAACUCGGAGAUCAAGUGGGCUCUGGGUGAAGACGGUACUCUGUUUGGGUCCGGCAAAGAUUCAGAGACACCACCGGUCACAAUGGCAGUUGGCGACGACAUGAGCAUGACACAAUUUCAUAUCCAGGAGUUCCCCGAGCAACAAGAAGCGCAUCGGUCUGUGGCUCAACAGAUGCCAUCUCAGAAACCGAAAAACUACACGUUCUCCAACCAAACUCCAAGCAACUUCAAUUCUCCGACACCUUUUACUGCAGCAGCAGCCAAUGACAACGCGGGCCGGGCUGCUCCACAACCUUAUGUGAACUACUCUGCUGUGACUGGCUACUUUCUUCAAGACGCGCCCGACACAGACCCGACCACUUUUGACUACACGGCGGUCAAUUUCGGCCUUAUCAACCGCACAUACCAGGCUGAUACGCCGUGGUCAAUUGCCAAGUUGACGCAAUGGGAGCGGUUCCACCGCGAAGUCGAGCGUCUCAACCUGGAGGGGAUCUGGGAUGGGGUUGAGUACAAGGUGCUGUUUAUGGGACGGCAUGGCGAAGGGUGGCAUAACGCUGCCGAGACGUAUUACGGGACUCCUGCUUGGAAUUGCUACUGGGCUGAACUAAACGGCAACGACACGGCCAGCUGGUCCGAUGCACGCCUCACCACCAACGGCAUCGCACAAGCCCAAGUCGCGCAUGACUUUUGGCAGUCUCGUCUAGCUGUGCAGCGCAUCCACGCGCCAGACGCGUACUUUGUGAGCCCGUUGACGCGCUGCCUGCAGACUUUCAACACGACCUUCCACGAGCUUCUGGGUAGCAAAACCCCACUGAUCCUCGAGAGUCUGCGUGAGGGUAUCUCAAUCCAUACGUGCGAUCACCGCGCAAACAAAUCGGCUAUCCACGCUGCCUGGCCCGAGUACCGUCUCGAGUCUGGCUUCGCCGAGUGCGACGAGUUGUGGAACGGCGUCACGGCCGAGAGCAGCUCGAGCCAAGACGCGCGCUCGCUGCACGCGCUCAACCAGAUUUGGAGUACCGUUGAUUCCUCUUCUCUUUUCGCCAGAGAGACGAACCUGUUUGUGUCGAUUACCAGUCACUCUGGUGAGAUUUCGUCGAUUUUGCGCGUUCUGGGCCAUCGUGAGUUUAGUCUGAGUACGGGUGCGGUUAUCCCCGUUUUGGUCAGGUCGGAAAUUGCAAAACGGCCAACUACUACGGUCCAGCCGUGGGAGACCAGCGCGCAUUGUACGGUGCCGCCGGUCUCGUCGGCGACGGCGGGUUGUGUGUGUCCGUCGGCCUCGCCGGUGACUACGCCUUUGGUUGAGACGGGGACUUGUCAAUAG